UUGUCCUGUUUGUGCAUAUCAUAUCAUGCUCGACCUCAAAYAGCUCGCCAUUCUUGUACUAGUUCCUGUAUUGUCUAGUCUAAACCACCUCGUUAGACUAAACAGUUUGCAUAAUAAUGGGAAGUGAUAAAACAAGCAUGAGUGCUGUUCCUACCACGCUAUCGUGUUUGUCAAUUGUUCUUCUUUGUGUCGCUGUUUUAAGAUCUGAAUAUCGACAAAAUGAUUUAGAGUAUUUAUAUAUAUAUAACAAGUAUUCAAAUUGGAGGAGAAUUGGAUCAAUGUUCGCCACCAAAAUAACAAGAAAAAAGGCAAGUCAAUGAAAACAUUCUUACGGUGAUGAGUGGAUGGAAAUAGCAGCAUGUAAAAGAGUUUUUAACUUGUAGGCUUGGAUUUAUUUACACUACUCUGUUAGAUAUUCAACAGUCUGGUUCUCGCUGUAGCUCUUCGAGUCCAACCUCACGUCAACGUCGACAGAUUCAAGAUCUUAACGACACUUUACCUCAAUACUAUCUAAAGAAAGAAGUACGUCACGUGAUCGGGUCAUUACUUAACUUGUUUCGUACCAAAGACCAGAAACUCUGCCUUCGAGGGCAGAAAGGCGAGACGGGAAAUCCAGGAAUGAGAGGUCCGGAUGGAAAACAUGGACAGAAAGGAGAGAAGGGAAAUGAGGGGAGCAGAGGUCACACAGGAAAGCGAGGACCCAAAGGGAAGAAGGGCAAUAAAGGACAACCAGGACAAAGUGGGCUACAAGGACAGAAAGGAGAUCCUGGUAUUUCAGUAUCUUCACCGUCUAUCUUGGUCGGUCCCAAGUCAGCUACCGUUACUCAACAUUCCAACGUUUCCUUCACCUGUAACGCAAGCGGUCUUCCAGUUCCAGAUAUUAAAUGGAGUGGGGAGCCUGGACUUGGUGCAAAUCACGUCAUUCAAGGCAAGACACUGUGGCUGGUGAACACUUCGUUAUCAGAUGAUGGUGUGUACACGUGUACAGCAAGCAGCGUGUUGGGUAGUGUGCGUAAAUCAGCCGUACUGACAGUGCAUGUUCCAGUCCAAUUUGUCACUCGUCCAAAACCAACCGUUAUUGAAGAAGGAAGACCGCUCAGCUUGUCUUGCGAAGCCACAGGCAACCCACCGCCGAAAAUAACAUGGAAGCGGAUCAGUGGUUCGUUGGAUCCAAGUAGAGUUAUAAUAUCUACUGGUAACCUUACCAUCAAAUCUACCAUCCUAACUGAUGCUGAUAUUUACAUGUGCAUGGCAAGAAACCUUUUAAAUGUUCAGAGUUCUACGGCCAAUGUAAUUGUCGUCCCUCGUUUGAGGUUCACGUUGACCCCUGCGUCCAAGAAUAUUAGCUUGAAAUAUGGAGCUACUUUACGUCUUGAUUGCCAGGCCACCAGCGGAGACUUUAAACCUCCUCGUGGAACGAACUUGAAUGUUUUAGCCAAUGGUACUCUAGUGAAAGAUGGGGUUGAGACAGGAGAUUCAGGUUUGUAUGUCUGUACAGCCAAGAAUAUAGUGGCACAGAUCAGUACAAGAGUAUCCGUUGAUGUAAUCAUUCCAAGAACAUGUAGCGAACUUAAACGGUUUGGUACUACUUCUUUGAGUGGAUUCGCCAUGAUCGAUCCUGAUGGUGAUGGAGAGGAUCCUCCUUUCCAAGUGUACUGUGACAUGCAGGAUAAACAUCAAGUGGGAGUAACUGUCAUCAGCCAUGACAGUGAACAACGGACUUUAGUACGAGGAUAUGAAAGCCCGGGAAGUUAUUCAAGGAAUGUUGUGUACAGCGGUGUAAUCACAUCUCAACUUGCCAGCCUCACAAGAGUAUCAACACGAUGCGAGCAGUACAUCAUAUAUAAAUGUUUUAACUCUGUAUUAAGAGGUUUUGGCUGGUGGUCGUCACGUGAAGGGGCAAAAAUGGUCAAUUGGGGAGGGGUCCCUACAGGAGUCAAAAAGUGCGCAUGUGGUCUGACUGAUACCUGUGCCAAUAAAGGUGGACUAUGCAACUGUGAUGCUAAUGAUGAUGUGUGGAGAGAGGAUGAUGGGCUACUAACUGACAAGUCACAUCUUCCCGUCUCUCAGCUUCGUUUUGGAGAGACAGGUGACUCGGGAGAAAAAGGUUAYCAUACCUUAGGGAAAUUGAAAUGCUUUGGAUAAUUAAUAAUCUUACCAAAGGCACGGGGAAACAAAUUUAGACUAAAGUGAAAAGUGAAAAAAAUUCCGGAAAAGAACGUUUUUUUUGAAAUAAAAAUUCGACGUCAGUGUCCUCCAUAACGCAAAAGAGUAAAAAAGUUACCCCACAUUGAAACAAAGUAUUUUAUUAGAAGAUAAUUAUAGUUAUUAACCUAAAGUUUGUAACACAUUACGCGUGUGUAAAUCUUUCAUAUUUUGUUAAUGUGGAUUGUCUUACGUGUGCUUUUGAUUUUUCAUUAUUUUAGUUUACGAGUAAGGGAUUCUAACGUUUUUAAAGUUGGAGAUUUGCAGCAUUAUAAAUCACUUUCCGUGAUUAAAAAUGGCAAAAGCAUUUGAAAUUUAUAAAAGUCCUAAAGAAGAAAUGCAUAGAUUAAUUUGAAAAUUCUAUAAUUUUAAAAGUUCUUUAACGUUUGUAUGGCAUCUGUAAUAUAUAAAUGACAUUGUUUACUUAAAAGUUCUUUUUAUAUUUUAGUCUAUUUAGAAUGGAUGGGUGACUCCUUUUUAUUUUCAGUGAUGUGUCUAUAAUUGGAGGGGUUUCUCUAGGGGGCAGAAGUGUUUCUAAUUGGAGGGGUUUCUCUAGGGGCAGAGGUGUGUCUAUAAUUGGAGGGGUUUCUCUAGGGGCAGAGGUGUGUCUAUAAUUGGAGGGGUUUCUCUAGGGGCAGAGGUGUGUCUAAUUGGAG